GCUCCGGCACCACCUCCUUCACCACCUCCUUCCCCUCCAGGAGCAGAGGGCCUUUGGGGAACAGAUUCCUAAAAGUGCAGGUGGGCCAGCCAUGAGAGGGUACCUCGUGGUCAUAUUCCUGAGUGCUGUCUUCCUCUACUACGUGCUCCAUUGUAUAUUAUGGGGAACAAAUGUCUACUGGGUGCCUCCGGUGGAGAUGAAGCGGAGAAAUGAGGUCCAGCCCUGCUUGUCAAAGCCGGCUUUUGCCUCUCUCCUGAGAUUUCAUGAGUUUCACCCUUUUCUGUGUGUAGCUGAUUUUAAAAAGAUUGCUUCCUUGUAUGGUGGCGAUAAGUUUGAUUUGCCCUAUGGGAUAAGAAAUUCAGCGGAACAUUUUCGACUUGCUCUGUCAAAACUGCCGAGUUGUGAUCCUUUUGACGAGUUUGACAAUGUGCCGUGUAAAAAGUGCGUGGUGGUUGGUAAUGGAGGAGUUUUGAAGAAUAAGACGUUAGGAGAAAAAAUUGACUCCUAUGAUGUAAUAAUAAGAAUGAAUAACGGUCCUGUUUUAGGACACGAAGAGGAAGUUGGGAGAAGGACAACCUUCCGACUUUUUUAUCCAGAAUCUGUUUUUUCAGAUCCCAGUCACUAUGAUCCUAACACCACGGUGAUUCUCACUGCUUUUAAGCCACUUGAUUUAAAGUGGCUGUGGGAAUUGUUGACGGGUGGCAAAAUAAACACUAAUGGUUUUUGGAAGAAACCAGCCUUAAACUUGAUCUAUAAACCUUAUCAAAUCAGAAUAUUGGAUCCUUACAUCAUCAGAAUGGCAGCUUAUGAACUGCUUCAUUUCCCAAGAGUGUUUCCCAAAAAUCAGAAACCCCAACACCCGACGACAGGAAUUAUUGCCAUCACACUGGCGUUUCACAUCUGUCAUGAAGUUCAUCUUGCUGGUUUCAAAUACAACUUUUCCGACCUUAAGAGUCCCCUGCACUACUAUGGGAAUGACACCAUGUCUUUGAUGAAUCAGAGUGCCUACCACAAUGUGACUGCAGAGCAGCUCUUCCUGAAGGACAUUAUAGACAAAAACUUUGUAAUCAACCUCACUCAAGAUUGACCCUACAGACUCAGAAGAUGAUGCUAACAGUAUUAGUUUUAUUUUUAUACUGCAAUUUUUAGUUUAUUUUUAAAUAUGUUGGAUGCACUCGUCAAAAAAUUAUGUAUAUUGUCUGUUGCUGCCUGGUGAUUCAUAACCGCCAGGUUUAUUUCUGUGAAUAUAUUUAUGAAAAACAAGAUAUGUUUAAUUAUCAGGGAAAUAACUUUUGACAUCAUGUUUUUAAAAUAAGCUAGUUUUCUGAGGUGUUUUUAAACGUUUUUUUAAUGGCUAGUUCGUCUUAGACUUUUGAAGGGAUGUGAUUUCCUAAUAAGGGGAUUUAGUUUACCACAAUGAAUUCUGAAUGUAACAUGACAUUUUGAGAGGUGCAUUUGGCUGCUGUAAAUUGGUGGGGAAUUGGCACAUGGUUGUGCCUGGAUAUGGAAAUGAAUCACUUCAGGCCAAUAUCUGGAUGAUUGUUUAAAUCCUUUUUGUUCUAUCAGUGGAACUUGAUUGGAAUCUUAAACCAGCCCUGAAUACAGUAGAUGGUUAGGGAAACCUACCAUCAUACUGGUUUAGUUAAGUGUUUUUUCCUGCAAUUAAGCAAACCAUUACUGAUUGAUUAAUUUUGUAGAAUGAAGAUGGUGGUGUUUUUAAGUUGAAGGAAAUAGGCUAAACAUGAAAUUCUGGAUGAGUAAAUAACCAAAGAAUGCAAUUACUAAUGUCGGGUGACUGUAUUAUUUUAAGGAAAUAAAAAGUUUAACUUUAUACAAAGAAGC